AUGAGUACAAGUACGACAGUUAUUACAACUCCUCAGCUCACUCCCAGGGCUUUACCCGACACUGGUACAUCUGCACAAACCACAGCAAUUCCGAGAAGUGAAUCAGCUUUAUCCCUACGCUUUGCGUCAACAGCCAAUGCAGAUGCGGUUGAUGAAGAGCGAUCUAUCGCCUCAGCAUCCGUUUCAUCAAAUGAUCCGCUUAUGUUGCGUCGCAGGCGAAAGUCAGAAGAAGAAAUAAAAACGAAAGGAAAAAAGGUUCAGGCGUUUUAUAGAGAUCAAAAUGAAUUGAUUGAUGGUUUUUUGGGACCUGUUGAGCAGCAAACGGAAGAAGAGAAACGAGCAAAUUCGUUAAGGCUAAAAAUCGCCGUGAACGGUUCGAUGAUUGUAAAUAUUUUACUAUUUGGUUUGCAACUGUACGCGGCAAUCACGUCUAGGUCACUUUCACUUUUUGCUACAAUGGCAGACUCUUUUAUGGAUAUUCUAUCGAAUGGUACUCUCUUAUUUGCCGGAAGAGCUGCAAAUGCGACGAAUUAUUUAGAAUAUCCUACGGGCAAGGCGCGUAUGGAAACUGCUGGAAUUAUUGUAUUUUCGUCUUUUAUGUCCACUGUUUCUAUUCAAUUGCUGAUUGAGGCUAUUAAAACUCUAGUUCACGGUGGCGAAAAUCCUGAUGUUAAUAAAAUAGCCAUUAUAUGUAUAGGCACUGCUUUAGUCGCCAAGUUCGGGUUGUUCAUAUAUUGUUACACGCAACGACAAUGGCCGACUGCUAAGGUGUUGGCCCAAGAUCAUCGCAACGAUUUGUUGAUAAAUUCCUUUGGUUUGACUAUGUCAUUGCUUGGGCAAAAGAUUAUUUGGUGGAUGGACCCCCUCGGUGCUAUUUUCGUGGCUUUGAUUAUCUUAAGAAGUUGGAUAAUGACCGCCCGCGAUCAAAUACAAUUAAUUGCUGGUAAAAGCGCCGAUCCUGCAAUAUUAAAAAGAUUGACGUACAUGGCUCUAACACAUGAUGAGAAAGUUCUACAAGUCGAUACCUGCCGAGCUUACUAUUCCGGAAGCAAACUGUAUGUGGAGGUCGACAUAGUCUUGGACAGAGAUACCCCUCUCUGGAUAGCCCAUGACGUUGGAGAGGCUUUGCAAGUAAAAUUGGAAAGCAUGCCUUUUGUGGAGAGAGCUUUUGUUCACGUUGAUUAUGAUUCUGAUCAUAGACCUGAGCAUCAAAAGGACGUCUAA